AUGACUCUAAUAACAAACAACCUUAUGUUUGAUUUAAUUGCAAUUCUCGCAACAGUUCUAGUUUGCGUAAUUGCAUAUUUAAAAUGGCAUUUAACGUACUGGAAUCGACUAGGUGUUCCAAGUUUGAAUCCUGUAUUAUUUUUCGGAGAUGCUACAGACUAUCUCUUUGGGAAAUGUGGUGUGGGCGAGCAGUUUGCGAAAUUUUAUGGCAAAUUUAAAUCAAAGGGUUAUAAACAUGGUGGAGUUUUUUUGGGACCAAAAUGCUAUUACGUGCCAGUAGAUCCAGACCUCGUUAAACAUAUCAUGCAAAAAGAUUUCCAACAUUUCAUGAAUCACGGAUUUUAUAUAAAUGAAGAAGUCGACCCUCUAACUGGAAACUUGUUCAGCUUAGAAGAUGCAAAAUGGAGAAACAUGAGAGUUAAACUAACACCGACCUUUACUUCUGGAAAAAUGAAGAUGAUGUUCCAAACUUUGGCCGAUUGUACUCGAGGUCUUAAGGAAAUUAUGGACAAUUUGGCCUUAAAUCAUGCCCCGGCUGACAUCAAAGAAAUCUUGGGUCGUUUCACUACUGAUAUCAUUGGAUCAGUUGCUUUUGGUAUCGAAUGUAAUAGUCUUAAAAACCCUGAUGCUGAAUUUAGAAAAUACGGACGAAAAAUUGUCGAAACUGGAUUUAUAGACCGAAUUAAAGUAUUCCUCGUGCUCUCAAUACCUCAUGCUUUGCUUCGAUUUUUAAGAUUUAAAUUUACAAACACUGAGGUGGAAACAUUCUUCAUGGGUGCUAUUCAAGACACCGUCAACUAUCGAGAGAAAAAUAGCGUCUAUCGUAAAGAUUUUAUGCAUUUAUUGCUUCAAUUGAAGAACCGCGGUUUAGUCGCUGAUGAUGAAAAAAUAACAGAUGAUAAAGGAAACAUAAAAGAAAACGAUUUUAUAACUAUAAACCAACUCGCAGCUCAAGCUUUCGUUUUCUUCUUGGGCGGCUUUGAGACAUCAUCGACGACAAUGUCUUGGGCCUUAUAGGAACUGGCAACAAAUCAGGACAUACAAGAAAAAUUAAGAAAAGAAAUAAAUGAUGUUUUAAGCCGACAUAACAAUAAAUUAUCUUAUGACGCGAUGAUGGAAAUGACUUACAUGGACAAAGUCAUCAAUGAAACUUUACGGAAAUAUCCACCGUUACCAAUCAUCCCAAGAGUGUGCAACAAAGAUUACACAAUUCCUAACACUUCUACUAAACUAAGUCGAGGGACUUCAGUCGCUAUCCCGGUUUUGGCAAUUCACACCGAUCCUGAAUAUUAUCCAAAUCCGGAAAAAUUCGAUCCUGAACACUUCAGUGAAGAAAAUAUUAAGUCAAGACCCGGGUUUACUUGGCUUCCUUUUGGUGACGGCCCUAGGAUUUGCAUUGGUAUGAGGUUCGGAAUGAUGCAAAGCAAAGUCGGUUUGGCAACGAUUUUGAAGAAUUAUAAAAUCAAACUCAACAACAAAACGGAAUUUCCCAUCAAAGUGGAUCCCAAAAAUUUUAUUACCACGGCAAAAGGCGGAGUUUGGCUGGAUGUAGAAAAGCUGGACUAG